ACGGUAAAAAAAUUGAAUUGAGUGACAUUUUAUAAAUGACAGUGACGGUUGUUUUGUUUCAAGAAUGUGAAUUCUUGAAUUUGUGAAUUUAUAAAUUAUAGAAUUUAAAUAUGGCUCUUAGAAAAGUGUUUUCUCUUACACAGACAGCUUGUUGCAGAACAAUUAAAUUUCAAUUUACAAAACUAGUAAAACAGAAUGUGUUGUUACUUUCGGCGAAUUCGUCUAGAUUUUUUUCUGAUAACUUAGAACAUAAAACAAAAAAUGCCAAGGCACCUGAGAAAGUAGAUAUACUGGGUCGUUUUUUUCCACAAUCGCCUUUGAGUGCUAAGGAUGAGCAAGAGGUUAAGAAAGAACAAGAAAAGUUAGAACAGGAACAAAAGGAGAAAUCUCAAGAAAAUGAAAAGAGUUGGAGAAGGAUGAAAAUUGGUUUUGCAGUAUUCGGAGGUGCAAUGACAGUGAUGGGUGGGUGUAUGGUCAUUGAAAUGGGUGCUCCACGACGGGGCGACGACGGUCAACCUAUUGAGGAUGAGUUCUCACACUUGCCACUACCACUGCAGUACCUACGUCGGACGUGGAAAGAGCUAACUUUCUAUGAAAAGAUGAUAAAAGAACCUGCUCGAGAAAAGCUUCUGCCGGAUCCAUUGCCAGCUCCAUACCAACCCACAUAUACACUUGUACUUGAAUUUACUGAUGUACUGGUUCACCCUGACUGGUCCUACCAGACUGGCUGGAGGUUUAAGAAACGUCCAGGUGUUGACCAAUUCUUACAAACUGUCGCCAAUUCAGAUUAUGAAGUAGUUAUUUUCACAUCAGAGAAUGUAUUCAUGAUUUGGCCAGUUCUAGAUAAGUUAGAUCCGGAAAAUAAGCUUAUCUCAUACAGAUUGUUCAGAGAUUCAACACAUUUCAUAGAUGGUGUUCAUGUGAAAAAUCUCGAGGGUCUUAACAGAGAUUUAUCUAAGGUAAUAGUGGUGGAUUGGAAUAAAAUGGCAACAAAGUUCCAACCUGACAAUGCACUCAUCUUGAAGAAGUGGAAAGGCGCAGAUGACGACACCGCAUUACUAGAUUUAGCUAAUCUCUUACAAACGAUCGCUAUGACGAAUGUGGCGGACGUGCGCGAGGUGCUGCGCUACUACAGCCAGUUCGAGGACCCCAUCGCCGCCUUCCGCGACAACCAGCGCCGCCUCAUGGAGCAGAUGGCGCAGCAGGAGCGCAGCGACCCGCCGCCCGGCCUCGCCGGCUCCUGGCUGCGCCCCUUCACGCGCCGCUAGCCGUUUUUGGAAUGGGCGAAUUCAAAGCGGUAGCAAAUAUUCGGAGACGUCUUACACCUUCGUAUACACUUAAAUAAAUCUGUAUGUAGAUAAAUUUAUUUCGUACAAAUAAAAUGUAGGCUUUCA